UUCAUGUUAGAUGUAAAGUAAAGCCUAAAAGUAUAAGGCUAGAAAUAGAAUUAAAAUUAAAUCUUAAUCAUCAACUCAUGAUCAAGAAAUGUAACACGCAGCGCAAGAAACGCCAACAGUAACACUGGAAACCGUUAAACUCGAGUACUACACUAGUCUGUGCAAUAUAGAAGUACUGCUACUAAAACUAUUAGUAAAAUUCAUUGUAAUUUGCGUAAAUUACUAUAUACUAAAUUGUAGUACUAAGUCAUAGUAAUAGUUCAAGGUGAUAACUCAUUAUAGGACAUGAAGACCAAAGCAUGAAAACCACUAGUUUCGGUUAUAAACAAGUGUUCAACUCUUGUUAAGUUGUAAAAGAACAUCCAUCAUUUCUUGUCCCACUCUCCAAUUGUAAUAUUUAUCAUGACAUGAACCUGCUUUGUGGCAACAUGUGAUCACCUCAAACUUCAGACAUAGCACCUACUUUUAAACCUUUUUUAGUUACAUAAUUCUCCUUAAAAAAGCAGUUUGUAAAUAUUUUAAUGAAUAAUACUGCUGAAAUGCUGUUUCAGAUUAAAGGCAAAAUUAUGGAGCAUGGUAUUGAAUGAAGUUGAAGUAAUAAUUUUCCAUGAUCUACAUCAUGUUUAAUUGCAUCAGAUUUGUUGAUACAGCAUGUUAUGUGCCUGUGUCUGAUUUAUUUAAUCUGAGCUAAUAAUGUGAAGCAACUAUGACUAGUAUUGACAAGUGGCUCAUUUUAAGUACCCUUACACCAGACAUUUUACUAAAUGUAAAAUUAGCAUGUGUGUUUGGAAGCUCAGGAAAUGAAGCCAUAAUUGUAACCAAGGAUGGUGAUGUGUAUGCACUUGGUUCAAACUGCAGUGGAUGUCUUGGUCUAGGGGACUCUGAAGGAAACCUUUGGCCAAAGAAAGUGGAUUCUUUAUGCAAAAGAGGUAUAAAAGACCUGGCCUAUGGAAGUGGACCUCAUGUAUUAGCCAUUACUGAAAGUGGGGACCUGUAUAGCUGGGGGCAUAACGGUUACUAUCAGCUGGGAAAUGGAAACACUAAUCAAGGAUUGAACCCUGGACUUGUCACUACAAACCUUAGUGGACUUAAAAUAGUAGAAAUUGCUUGUGGAAGUCAUCAUUCUGUAGCCCUCACUUCUAAUGGUGAGGUUUAUGCUUGGGGACAAAACAGUUAUGGCCAAGUAGGAUCAGGUUCAACAACAAAUCAACCUACACCUCGGAAAGUAGCAGCUGGAAUUGGUGCUAGACAGUGUAUUACCAUAGCUUGUGGACAGACAUCUUCAAUGGCUGUGCUGGAUAAUGGAGAGGUAUAUGGCUGGGGCUACAAUGGAAAUGGGCAGUUGGGACUAGGGAACAAUGCUAACCAAUCUAUUCCAUGUCAAGUUACACAUCUACAGGCAGUAGUAAUACAGAAGAUAGCCUGUGGAUAUGCACAUACUUUGGCUCUGUCAGAUGAAGGGGUAUUGUAUGCCUGGGGAGCCAAUUCAUAUGGUCAGUUAGGCACUAGGAAUAAGGCUAAUCAAGUAACACCAGUUAGAAUUGCUGCUGAAUUUGGGAGAAUUGUGGAAAUUGCUGCCUCUCACUACAACCACAUUUCAGCAGCUUUGACUCAGGCAUGUAAAGUGUACAUGUGGGGACAGUGUCGGGGUCAGUCUGUAACUGUUCCUGAGGUGACUUCCUUUCACUGCUUGCACGAUGUCUUUGCUUGUUUUGCAUCUCCUGCUGUCACCAGCCAACCUAUGGAACUAGAUGUUUGUAUGGUGAAUACAGUAGGAGAUAGCCUUCAACAAGCAUUUGAUGAUCCUAGUAUGAGUGAUUUGAAGUUUUCUAUAGAAGGAAAAGUUGUGCAUGUUCACAAGGCCAUUCUAAAAAUAAGAUGUGAACAUUUUCGUUCCAUGUUUCAAACACACUGGGGAGAAGAUGAGAAAGAAACUAUUGAGAUUACACAGUUUUCUUAUCCUGUGUAUCGAGCUUUUCUAGGUUAUCUUUAUACUGAUAAAGUGGAUUUACCCCCAGAAGAUGCCAUUGGUUUACUGGACCUAGCUAACUCAUACCAUGAAUUACAGUUAAAACGAUACUGUGAGCAAAUCAUCAAACAUAACAUCCAUGUAGAUAAUGUAGCUAUGUUGUAUGUGGCUGCAAUCAAAUAUGAAGCAAAGGAUCUGGAAGAUUUUUGUUUCCGUUUUGCUGUAAACCACCUAACAGCUGUAGCCCAGACAGAUGCUUUUGAUAAGUUUGAUGAGUUGACAGUUAAAAAGUUUAUCUUCAAAGCUGCUCAGCAAGGGGCUUUUAAGUACUGAACUAUAUACAGGACUAUGGAUGUAGUAGGCCUCAUAACAUGAGCUGUUGAUUACUGAGGUAUCUAUCUUUUCUGAUCUUUGUACAUCAUGAUGAAUAUGUUGGUUCAGUACAAGGAAGACAGGGUAAACUAUUUUUGCUGAUCUCACUACAAACAUGGCAUUAUCCUCACAGUUGGUCUGUUAAUAAUGAGGGAUGUUACUGAACUUGGUCAGUCUAUACUGGGAAGUAACUAGAAGAUGACCAUUAUACAUUUAAGUAGUGAUAAUUUGUGGUCUGAUAUGAUUACUGACAAUCUUGAUCAGAUAUUAUAAAUAGCAUGUGCUU